GCACGGGUGUUCGCCCCGGUCCCUCCCGGCCCGCGAGGCUGAGCCGGGUGUUUCUGCCGCAGCUGCUGGGCUGUACUACCUGGCGGAGCUGAUCGAGGAGUACACGGUCGUCACCAGGAGGAUAAUCAAAUACAUGAUCUGGUUCUCCUCGGCCGUGCUGGUCGGCCUCUACCUCUUCGAACACUUUCCCGGUUUCAUGGUGGGCGUGGGGCUCUUCACCAACCUGGUCUACUUCGGUUUGCUGCAGACCUUCCCCUUCAUCGUCCUGACCUCCUCCAAUUUCAUACUGUCCUGCGUGCUGGUUAUAUUCAAUCACUACCUGGCAUUCCAGUACUUCGCCGAGGAGUAUUACCUGUUCUCUGAGGUUCUCGCCUACUUCACGUUCUGCCUGUGGUUAAUUCCUUUUGCUUUUUUCGUCUCCUUGUCGGCUGGGGAGAACGUCCUGCCUUCCACGGUGCAGCCUGGAGACGACGUCGUCUCCAACUACUUCACCAAGGGGAAGAGGGGCAAGCGCUCCGGUAUCCUCCUCAUCUUCUCUUUCAUCAAGGAGGCCAUCCUGCCCAGCCGGCAGAAGAUUUACUGAGCCCCCGCUACGGCCGGCGUCGGCUGCGGUGGAAGGAGCAGGGCAGACCCAAACUGUGCAGAGGGCUGCGAGGCGGCACCGUCCCCAGGCCUCGCUCGGACCCUCCUCCAUGUCUCUGGAAGGGAUUUUGCAAGAAAACUGUAAACUGGGCGACGGCCAGAGGUGCCAGCGGCGCUGGACGGACGCGCAGGGAGGGCUCGCGCCUUUUUAUACGGCUCUGCUGAUCCCCCGGGGCUGUGUGCAAGAAGGAUGCUGGGCUCCAGCCGAGCGCGAGGAGGGCCUGGCCCCCCCGGCGCUGCCCACCCUGCUCGGGGACCUGGGAAGCGUCGUCAUCUGCUGGGGUUUAAAGCCAGGAGUUUGUGCGUGGUGUAGUUUGGCUGUGGGGGAACCGUUCCCUCGGUGCGGCCGCAGAACAUGCUUGACAUUUAACUGAGGUCUACACAGAGCCAUUAAUUAAACAAACAAAAAAAAAAAAAAAUAGAGAAUAAAGUCACCAAACUGUCAAACCCCCCCGUGUUCUGGCUGGGAGCCUGCCAGCGCUGGAGGAUGCUGGAGUCCCCCCGUGCAGCGCCAGGGCGGGCGCCUCUCCCUGCGCGCCGCAGCUGCGGGGAGCUGACCUGGAAGGACUCGACGGCGCUUGGGGUUUUUUUGGUUUGUUGUUUUGAUUUUUAACGUUGGAAAGGCUCGGUUCUCUCUGG